UGGGUGUGGGAGGACUGGAAACUCCCGCAGCCUCGCAGCCCGCAGGUGCUCCGGCCUCCCGCCGCCGCCAUGGACCGGGCCUCCGAGCUGCUCUUCUUCGUGAACGGCCGCAAGGUGAUAGAAAAAAAUGUGGAUCCUGAAACAAUGCUGUUACCAUAUCUGAGGAAGAAGUUGCGACUCACAGGAACAAAGUAUGGCUGUGGAGGGGGUGGGUGUGGCGCUUGCACGGUGAUGAUCUCCCAAUACAACUCUAGAACCAAGAAGAUAAGGCAUUAUCCCGCCAAUGCCUGUCUGACCCCCAUCUGUUCUCUAUAUGGCACUGCUGUUACCACAGUCGAAGGCGUAGGAAGCUCCAAGACCAGAAUCCAUCCUAUUCAGGAGAGGAUCGCCAAGUGUCAUGGCACCCAGUGUGGCUUCUGCACCCCUGGGAUGGUGAUGUCCAUGUACACGCUGCUCAGGAACCACCCCGAGCCUACUCUGGAUCAGUUAACUGAUGCCCUUGGUGGUAACCUGUGCCGUUGUACUGGAUACAGACCCAUAAUUGAAGCAGGCAAGACUUUCUGUAAAGCUUCUGGCUGCUGUCAAAGUAAAGAAAAUGGUGUUUGCUGUUUGGAUCAAGGAGUAAAUGGAUUGCCAGAACUGGAGGAAGAUAACAAGACAAGCUCAGUACUCUUCUCAGAAGUGGAGUUUCUGCCAUUGGAUCCAACCCAGGAGCUGAUAUUUCCUCCAGAGCUAAAGAUAAUGGCUGAGAAACAACCACAAAAGACCAGGGUUUUUAGUGGUGAUAGGAUGAUGUGGAUUUCACCAGUGACUCUGAAAGAACUUCUGGAAGUGAAAUUUAAGUAUCCCCAGGCCCCUGUGGUCAUGGGGAACACCUCUGUAGGUCCUGAAAUGAAAUUUAAAGGUGUCUUCCACCCGGUUAUAAUUUCUCCUGAUAGAAUUGAAGAACUGAAUGUUAGAAAACAUGCAUGUAAUGGACUGACCUUGGGUGCUGGCCUCAGCCUGGCCCAGGUAGAGGACAUCCUGGCUGAGGUGGUCCAGGAACUCCCAGAAGAGAAGACACAGACAUACCGUGCUCUCCUGAAGCAUCUGAGAACCCUGGCUGGACAACAGAUCAGAAACAUGGCGUCUUUAGGGGGCCAUAUUGUCAGCAGGCACCUUGAUUCAGAUCUGAAUCCUCUCUUGGCUGUGGCUAACUGUACCCUCAACUUGCGAUCAAAAGAAGGGGAGCGGCAGAUCCCUUUAAAUGAACAAUUUCUCAGCAAGUGUCCUGGUGCGGAUCUGAAGUCUCAGGAAAUCUUGGUCUCAGUGAACAUCCCCUAUUCCAGGAAGUGGGAAUUUGUGUCCGCCUUCCGACAAGCCCAGCGGCGACAGAAUGCACUAGCCAUCGUCAAUUCAGGAAUGAGAGUCUUUUUCGGAGAAGGGGACGGCAUAAUUAAAGAGUUGUCCAUCUUGUAUGGAGGUGUCGGAUCAACCACCAUCUGUGCCAAGAAUUCUUGCCAGAAACUCAUUGGAAGGCCCUGGAAUGAAGAGAUGCUGGACACAGCCUGCAGGCUGGUGCUGGAUGAAGUCUCCCUUCCAGGCUGGGCUCCAGGAGGGAAAGUGGAGUUCAAAAGGACCCUCAUCAUCAGCUUCCUCUUCCAGUUCUACCUGGAAGUGUCACAGAUUUUGAAGAGAAUGGACCCAUCUCACUGUCCUAGCCUGGCAGACAACUAUGAGAGUGCUUUAGAAGAUCUUCACUCCAGACACCAUUGGCAAACACUAAACUACCCGAAUGUCAAUCCAAGGCAGCUUCUUCAAGACCCAAUUGGCCGGCCCAUAAUGCAUCUGUCUGGUAUUAAGCAUGCCACUGGGGAAGCCGUCUACUGUGAUGAUAUGCCUGCGGUGGACCAGGAGCUUUUCCUGACGUUUGUAACUAGCUCAAGAGCUCAUGCUAAGAUUGUGUCCAUGGAUCUGUCCGAAGCGCUCAGCCUGCCAGGUGUGGUGGACAUUGUGACUGCCGAACAGCUAAAGGACAUGAACUCCUUUGCUGAAGAGCCACUUCUGGCAACGGAUGAAGUAUUUUGUGUGGGUCAACUUGUCUGUGCCGUGGUUGCAGAUUCUGAGAUUCAGGCAAGACGAGCUGCUGAGAGAGUGAAGAUUGUCUACCAAGACUUGAAGCCACUGAUCCUAACAAUUGAGGAUGCUAUACAACACAAGUCCUUCUUGGAGCAAGAAAGGAAACUGGAAUGUGGAAAUGUUGAUGAAGCAUUUAAAGUGGUUGACCAAAUUCUUGAAGGUGAAAUACAUAUGGGAGGUCAAGAACAUUUUUAUAUGGAAACCCAAAGCAUGCUUGUUGUUCCCAAAGGAGAGGACCAAGAAUUGGAUAUCUAUGUGUCCACACAGGGUCCCAGAUACAUACAGGAUAUCGUUGCUUCAACCUUGAAACUCCCAGCUAACAAGGUCAUGUGUCAUGUAAGACGUGUCGGUGGGGCAUUUGGGGGAAAGAUAGUCAAAACGGGCAUCCUGGCAGCCAUCACUGCAUUCACUGCCAGCAAACAUGGUCGUGCAGUCCGCUGCGUUCUGGAACGAGGAGAAGACAUGUUAAUAACUGGAGGCCGCCACCCUUACCUGGGAAAGUUCAAAGUUGGGUUCAUGAAUGAUGGCAGAAUCUUGGCCUUGGAGAUGGAGCAUUACAGCAAUGGAGGCAGCACCCUAGAUGAGUCAUUAAUGGUGAUAGAAAUGGGACUUCUGAAAAUGGACAAUGCUUACAAGUUUCCCAACCUACGCUGUUUGGGUCGGGCAUGCAGAACCAACCUGCCAUCCAACACAAGUCUUCGUGGGUUUGGCUUUCCUCAGACAGGAUUGAUCACUGAGUUCUGUAUUACAGAAGUGGCAUCCAAAUGUGGUUUAUCCCCUCAGCAGGUUCGAACAAUAAAUAUGUACAUGGGAAUUGAUCAAACACCCUACAAACAAGAGAUUAAUGCCACACGUCUAAUCCAGUGUUGGAGAGAAUGUCUGGCUAAGUCUUCCUUCUCCCUGAGAAGAGCCACAGUGGAUAAGUUCAACAGAGAGAAUUACUGGAAGAAGAAAGGACUGGCCAUAGUCCCACUGAAAUUUCCUAUUGGAGUUGGCUCUGUUUCCAUGGGUCAGGCUGCUGCCCUGGUCCAUAUUUACCUAGAUGGCUCAGCUCUGGUCACUCAUGGUGGAAUCGAAAUGGGGCAGGGUGUCCACACUAAAAUGAUUCAGGUGGCCAGCCGUGAAUUAAAGAUGCCGAUGUCAAAUGUCCACCUGCGUGGGACAAGCACAGAAACGGUGCCUAACACAAAUAUCUCUGGAGGGUCUGUGGUGGCAGACCUUAAUGGGCUGGCAGUAAAGGAUGCUUGUCAAGCUCUUAUGAAGCGCCUUGAACCCAUCAUCAACAAGAAUCCUGGAGGAACUUGGAAAGACUGGGCACAGGCUGCUUUUGAUGAAAGCAUUAGCCUUUCAGCUGUUGGAUAUUUCAGGGGUUAUGAGUCAAAUAUGGACUGGGAGAAAGGUGAAGGGCAUCCCUUUGAAUACUAUGUCUAUGGAGCUGCCUGUUCAGAGGUUGAAAUUGAUUGCCUGACAGGGGAUCAUAAGAACAUCAGAACAGACAUUGUCAUGGAUGUUGGCAACAGCAUCAACCCAGCCCUCGACAUAGGCCAGAUUGAAGGUGCAUUUGUUCAAGGCAUGGGACUUUAUACAAUGGAGGAACUGAAAUAUUCUCCUCAGGGUGUUCUGUACACGCGCGGUCCAAACCAAUAUAAAAUCCCUGCCAUCUGUGACAUCCCCGCUGAGCUGCACAUCUCUUUUUUGCCUCCAUCUGAAAAUUCAAAUACCCUGUAUUCAUCUAAGGGUUUGGGAGAGUCUGGGGUGUUCCUGGGGUGUUCGGUGUUUUUCGCCAUCCACGACGCCGUGACCGCCGCGCGACAGGAGAGAGGCCUGCGGAGACCAUGGCAGCUCAGUAGUCCUCUGACCCCAGAGAAGAUUCGAAUGGCCUGUGAAGACAAGUUCACCAAGAUGAUUCCAAGAGAUGAACCCGGGUCUUAUGUUCCUUGGAAUGUGCCUGUGUGAAUCAAAUGCAAUCUUCUGGAGUAAACAGAAUGACCCUGGAGUAAAUAGGGUCAUCUAUCCAAUCUCCAUGUGCUAAGAUGCUAGAUAUGAAAACCAGAUUCUUAUGCUCAGAAGUCAUUCCACAGAAUACAGCUUUUAUAGGAACCAAUUUAGAGUGUCCCAAUGAAUUUGACGGAUAUACUCAAAACAAUUUAUAAAUUGUAAUGGAAAUGGAAUAAAUAAUUACUGGUUUCCACUAGGAUGAUAAUCUGUCCCUUAGCUUCAUCUAGCUAAAUGGAAUAGAUGUAUAUGAUUCAUAUUUAGCGUAUGUCUAUCAACAGAUCAUACCAUCAAAUGAAAAGUAGUUUAAUAAAUAAUUUUGAUACAAGUACAAA